AUGCGCGCGAACACUUCGCUAUUUGUUAACCUUGUCAGGAGCAAACAAACCAUUUAUGGUCCCGCGGCAUUUCCACCAUGUGCUCCGUACCUGGCUUCGUCCGUCAUGGUCGAUAACGAACCACCUCCAGCAAUACUGACAAUCGCAGGCUCAGACUCAAGCGGCGGGGCUGGAAUCCAGGCCGACCUGAGGACGUUUGCCGCUCUAGGGUGCUAUGGAUCAAGCGCGAUUACCGCCCUUACUGCACAGAAUACUACGGGUGUCCAAGGAGUCCAUCCAAUUCCGCCAGAGUUUUCAUUGCUCCAGCUUAGUUCGGUACUGAGUGACAUUGAGAUACAUGCCAUCAAAACCGGCAUGCUCCAUGAUACCGAUAUCAUACUGGCCAUCGUGCAAACGCUGAAGGGCCAUUACACGGGCACCAAGAUGCCACCUAUAGUGUGUGACCCAGUGUGUGUAUCAACUUCAGGACAUACGCUCCUCCAGCCUGGGGCCAUCGGCGCUCUCAUCAAUGACGUCUUCCCUAUAUCGACUCUGAUCACGCCCAACAAGGCCGAAGCCGAGCUGUUGGUUUCUAGCAAGUACCCCGGAUUCACGAUAUCUUCCUUAGAGGAUAUGAUUACUGCUGCUACUCGUCUAGCGGAGUAUGGGUCUGCUUGCCUAGUCAAGGGCGGUCAUAUCACCGCAUCGUUGCAGGACGUUGAGCGCGUCAUCAAAACGCACCCCCAGGUUUCAGUCGUUAAAGACGAGCUCCUGGAAGAGAACAUGGAAAUCCUGCAGGUCGGUGACGAUGGAUUGAGGUCGCCACGCCUUGUCGUCGAUGUCCUGGACCUCGGCGGAGACCUGACUCUCUUUGUGCGACCUUUCAUCGUGUCGGAAAACACACACGGGACUGGGUGUACCCUCAGCUCCGCGAUCGCAAGUGGACUAGGUCGCGGCCUGGAUUUAAAGUCAGCCGUUCGGUCAGGCGUCAUGUUCACACACCUCGGCAUCACCACGGCCCCAAAAAUAGGGCGAGGGCAUGGCCCGUUAAACCACCUUCACUUGACCUCUCAAUUAACUAUCCCAAAACGAACGCCGAGCAAUCCGUUCCCGUUCACUCGAUUGCUGAUACAGAAGAGCCAGCCGGUCUGGAAGCAGUAUGUCGAACACGACUUUGUGAAGCUCCUGGGUCAAGGUAUCUUGCCCAAGGAAGCGUUUACUUAUUUUAUCAAGCAAGACUAUCAUUAUCUUAAAUAUUAUGCGCGAGCACACGGACUCCUGGCAUCCAAGUCGAACAAGUUCAGUGAUAUCCACUCGGCCGCGGAUAUCAUCCUCCAUAUCCUGCGAGAACUCGAAACGCAUAAAUCGUUCUGCGCGCACUUUGGAAUCACCGCAGACGAGUUAGAGUCAACACCGCAAUCUAUUUCGACCAUUGCGUAUGGUAGUUAUUUAAUCGACAUAGGCAUGCAAGGCGACCCAGCUAAAUUGACCAUGGCUCUCCUUGCUUGUUUACUGGGAUACGGAGAGGUUGGGCUGUGGUUGAAGCGCGAAGCUAAUAUGCCUGGCAGCUGGGUUAAAUUAGAAGGCAACCCGUACUUGAAGUGGAUCGAGGAUUAUUCUGGGAAUGACUAUCAAGCCGCUGUUAGAACGGGUCUUGCCAAGGUCGAGGAACAAGCCGUCCGUGAUCCACCUUCUCCUGCGAGGCUGCAAGAGUGGUGUGAAGUUUGGGAGAAAUGUACAUGGCUUGAGAAAAGCUUCUGGGAUGCGGCGAUGUCAGGAGGCAACACAACAAAGAUAUCAUAA